AUUUGUGCCAUUCACAGUUGCUAGCACGCACAAUGUAUAAUCAACAUUUGGUUAACAUUAAACAACUAAUUUCCCAAUGAACACUCAAUCAACAAACAAUAACGAUGUUGUUCCGCUCAGCCAAAAACAAAUUCGAGACUGUGGAUGUGAUGCGCCGGCUGAAGCGUCUGGCCGAAGGCACCCUCUCCUCGUAUCGCCGUUUGUUUCUGCUGCUCCUCUGCGUGUGCACAGUGUUCUAUAUGCUGCCGCCGAUCUUUCGUUAUAUAUUUCUAAGUGCACCGGAGCAGAAGGAUCCCCAUAGCAUGUGCAUGGACGACCGUCUGACACCGUACAUACUGCAGAACUAUGAGUUCGAUGCCAACAUUCGUCACGUGUCGCCAUCGAAGCUGCCGGGCGAACGCGAUUUCACGCCCUACAUUGGCAACGGCUACAUCGGACUGGAGAUAGCCCACGAUGCGUCGCUGAACAUCAAGCACGGACGUGCCAUGCAGCUGCCCAUCCGCUUCCAGCCGAUUGUGUCCGUGGCACAGCCGGGUGUGGGCGUCGAGAAGGAGUCCACCGUUGUCGAGUAUCUGACGGGCAUGGUGCAUCGGUUUCAGUGCUUCGCGGGCUACUUUGCGUCCUACACCUACUAUGCACAUCGCACGCAGCCCAAUAUCCUCGUGCAGGAGCUGCAAAUCACCAACACCCGCAACAUGAUCGAGGACGUGGAGCUGAUAAUGCCGCGCGUUAGCCUGCCCAGGCUAUCGCAGCGCACCCUGAAGCUGAGUGAGCCAGCAUCCGCGGGCAUGGUGGCCUACAACGAGCUGGAGGUGCUGACGGGCGUUGUGCAACCGGUGCCAGAGGAUCCCAGUAAAUUGAUUGUCGUGAGCAUUGUGAAGCCCCAGCUGGAUGCCAAGUUGCAGGUGCGCAAGCGGGGCACAGUCCGCAUUGUGUAUCCCAUUGCGAUCCACUACUCCAAGACAGUGGCCGAGGCGCAGCUGAAGGCCACCAUCGAGGCCAACGAGCAGCAGGCCACGCAGGCCAUGAUAAAACUCCUGCAGAAACUGGGCUCAAAGGCGACCAAUACGGGCUCGGCGUACAGCAUCAAUACCUAUCGCCAGGAGCAUAUCGACGUGUGGGCGGAUCUCUGGGCCACCGGCUUCACGAUAAGCACAUCCAAGGCGGAGCACAGCCUGAACGGCGAUCGCAUCAAUGCCACCAUGUACGCGGUGCUUUCGCAGGUGCGCUGCUUCGAGUUCGAGGAAAUGGGCACUGCCGUCACCACGGCCAAAAAGGAGGACAUAGCCAAGGCCCUAACCUAUGCGGAGGGCUGCUACGAUUCCUAUCACACGCUGCAGGCGGAGAAUCUGUGGCGCGAAAUGUCCAGCCUGCAGCAGCUCAACUCGCUGGUGUCUUCCUGGAUGCUGACGCUCGAGAAGCAGGGCUGCCACAAUCUCAUACGUGCGGGCGCCUCCGGUGUCAUACAGGCCAUGGUCUUGAGCUUUGGCAGCUUUCGCUUUAGCAAUCAGCACCUGGAGUGCAACAUACAUCCCAAGUUCCUGCACAGAGACUUCCACUUUCGACGCCUCAACUAUGGCAACAAGACGCAUGUAAAUGUCACCAUCAUUGUGAAGGACGACAAUAAAGCGAUCAUUAACGUGGCCUUGGAUCGCUCCGAUCGCAGUUACUAUGCCUGCGAUGGCGGCUGUCUGGAUGAGCCCGUGCUGCUCACCCAAAGCCGUCGACACUUCCCAGUUAAACUGACUGAACCCCUAACAGCAAUACUAUACAUAACCGAGGACAAACAGCACAUGGAGGAGCUGCAUCAUGCCAUACAUGUCAAGGAAGUGGUUGAGGCUCCCGCCCAUGAACAGCAUUUGAUUGCUUUGCACAAGCAUGGCCAUCAAUUGGGUGGACUGCCGACGCUCUUCUGGGUAUCGGUGUGUGCAAUAAUUAUAGUAUUUCAUAUAUUCCUGUGUAAGCUUAUAAUCAAGGAGUAUUGCGAACCAAGCGAUAAGUUAAGGUAUCGUUAUAACAAACCGUGAUCCUAGUUGUAUAUAUAUAUAUAUAUAUAUAUAUAGGUAUAUAUUUUUUGGGACAGUGUGUGGCAUAUGCUAGUAACAAAUACAAAU